AUGCAAACCAUAGAGAAAGCAUUACAUCAGCCUAUGCCCUUCACUACUGGAGGGCAGACCAUCUCAGACAGGCUAACUGCAGCUAAACAUUCCCUAGCCGGAAGUCAGUUAGGCAAGACAAUAUGUAAAGCUACUACUGAAGAGCUCAUGGCCCCAAAGAAGAAACAUUUAGACUAUCUCUUGCACUGUACAAAUGAACCUAAUGUAUCCAUUCCAUCUAUGGCGAACUUAUUGAUUGAGAGAACACAACAUCCCAGUUGGACAGUUGUAUAUAAAGCUUUAAUCACAAUUCACAACAUAAUGUGUUAUGGAAAUGAGAGAUUCUCUCAAUACUUGGCAUCGUGCAAUACCACAUUCAAUUUAGGCAAUUUUUUGGAUAAGAACAGUACUGCUGGAUAUGAUAUGUCACAGCAUGUCCGCAGAUACGGAAAGUAUAUUGGCGAAAAGAUAGCCACAUACCGUGUCUGUGCUUUUGAUUUCUGUAAAGUUAAGAGAGGCCGUGAAGAUGGCCUUCUUCGUACUAUGCAUACUGAUAAGUUAUUGAAAACUUUGCCAAUUCUCCAAAAUCAAAUCGAUGCUUUACUGGAGUUCCAAGUUUCAUCGAGUGAACUCAACAAUGGAGUCAUUAACUGUUCCUUCAUUCUUCUAUUCCGAGACCUCAUCCGUCUUUUUGCCUGUUAUAAUGAUGGUAUCAUAAAUCUUCUCGAAAAAUACUUCGAUAUGAAUAAGAAACAAUGCCGAGAAGCUUUAGAUACGUACAAGGGAUUCUUGACGAGAUUAGAUAAAGUCUCUGAUUUCCUGAGAGUUGCUGAGUCUGUUGGCAUUGAUAAGGGUGAAAUUCCUGAUCUCACUAGAGCUCCUGCUAGUCUUCUUGAAGCUUUGGAAGCUCAUCUCAUUCACCUUGAAGGUGGUCGAGCUCCUGCUGUUCCACAACAAAACAUUCAAUAUCAGAACCAGGUUAAUAGCUUCUCUAUCGCUGGCGGGUUCCAGCCACAAGCUCCUGUUAAUGAAAAUGAAAGACAGCGCUAUAUUGAGCUUGAGAAAGAGCGUCUUCGACAGUUCGAAGAGCAAAAGCGCCAACAAGGAAGUGCUUCGCAAUUCAACCCCUUCGCUGCUGAUGCUGCAGCAGUGAAUGGAGCUGGAGCUCUUCCUGAGAAGAAUAAUGAUCUUCUCGAUUUCUUUAACACCCCAGUUCAGCCAGCAACUGUGUCUGCAGCAGACUCUACUAAUCCAUUCGCUCAAUUUACUUCUGUACCAUCCGUUGCUCCUGCAUAUGCGCCUCUAGGAAUGAAUAGCACAGUGUCUUUGCCAUAUGGACAAUCAAUGAUGCCUGCAGUUGCUCCAACUCCCAUUGUUUCGCAUAAUGGAUUCAAUGCUGAUUUCAACAGAGCUUUCUCUGCUCAAGCACCAAGCAAGCCAGUCAAUGGAACAGUCAUUCAACAACAAGGUGACACAAACCCCUUCUUGGCUGAAGGUGGAGUGCCUUCGGGAGAAGCUCCUCCUGAGCAAUGGCAACCAAACUUUGACCAAGUACAACAGCAACAGCAACAGCAACAGCAACAGCAACAUGUUCCUGCUGCCAAUCCAUUCACUGGGGGAUACACUCAAUCACCCCCAGAGUAUGGAGCUCCCCCAAGUCAGGAGUACGCACCAAGUGUGCCUAUCGGUAUACCUGGCCAGGCUCAACACUUGGGAAUCUAUGAACAAACUCCUUUUUCUCACUUAGACCACAGUUAUACUGCUCAGCCAAAUGUUCCAAGCCAUGUAAUGCAUGAGAACAGCAGCAGUAACGAACAAUCACCAGCCCAUCAAGGCCAAGGAAUUCCACAACAUCCUCAACAACAAGGCUCAUUCGAUGUUUUCAAUACUAACCAAGCCAAAAUGGGUGGAGAUAUAGACUUGGCUCUUUCCAGCUUAGCUGAUAAUUUAUCGAUUAGUAGCAACAAAGCUCAACCUAACCAACCUGUACAAUGGAGUGCUACCAGUGCCCCACCAGCUCGCCCACCUCCACCAGCUACUAGUCAGCCAACCCUUCCAGCUUAUACUUCCGCUCCUCCUAACGGUCCAUAUGUACAACAAACUUAUGGAAAUCCAUAUGGACCUCCUCAGCCCUAUGGAAUGCCAAACCAAAUGCAUUGGGGCAUGCAACAACAAGGAGCACCCAUGUAUGCAGCACCAGCUCAACAAGCCUAUGGUAUGCCUACCCAAAUGAGUUAUGGAGGAGUUCAACCACAAAUGAAUUACGGAAUGGCUGCUCAGCCAGCUCCACAAGCAGCACAAGCACCGAUGGCACAACCCAAAGAUCCCUUCGGUGGAUUCUAA